AUGAAAUCAGAAGCAUCUGAAACGAACUACGAUUGGCUUGAUCUCGGCACGGAACCUUUUCGGAAGGGUUCCCGUCUCGGCAAAGACCCUGAAGAACAACUUCACUUUCAGCUGGUAACUGAAACUCUCACCGACGACGUUAGCAACGCAAGCACAGCAUGCAAAGCAAAAAUUCCGAAAAAACGCAACUCCUCCGACGUUCUGGCCCAACGUUCGGACGCACUUAAGCACAGCAACCCGUGGACUGAUCACCCACAAAAGACGAGAGCACGCACCUCGCACGGUUCUAAGCCAUACGGGCGAGAAAAAACCGCUGUCUCGUCACGCGUAUCGGACUUAAAAGUCGUAGGCAUAAAUCGAGUUUCUAGACCUCGUCGCCGAAUUAUGAGGCCUACCAAGCCGCUGCAUUCAGACCUAAUACGCACUGGUCGGUGUCUCGAAUGA